UUGUACACAGACCACUUGAUGGCCAACCGUGAAUAUUCGUUUCGAAGAAGAAGUGCUGCUAGCUAUCGGUGCUAAAGCUGGAAGAUAACUGGACACUGGGAGCAUGCGAGCCCCCCUGCGCUGGGUGCUGUGGGACGUGAAGGACACCCUGCUGAAGGUGCGUUCAUCUGUGGGAGGGCAGUACGCUAAGGAAGCUGAAAGAAUGGGUGUGAAGCUGAGUCCUGUGGAGGUCGGCGCUGCUUUUCAGAAGGUUCAUCACAGUUAUUCCAGCAGAUACCCCAACUAUGGAAUCUCUGAGGGUCUGGAUGGGCGAUCUUGGUGGAUGGGAGUGGUGCAGGACACUCUGCACCAGUGCAAGGUCACAGAUCCAGAGCUGGUGAACACCAUCGCAUGCAAACUUUAUCAAAACUUCUGCAGCGCAGACAACUGGGAGGUCUACCCAGACACAAGGACGGCCUUGGAGAGCUGUUCCUCUCUGGGGCUGAAGCUGGCCGUCGUUUCCAACUUCGACAAUCGUCUUGAAGCCAUCUUGCAAAGCUGCGGCCUGCUGUCGCAUUUUAGCUUUUUAGUGACGUCAGAGGGAGCCGGCGUGGCAAAGCCACACCCAGCCAUUUUUCACCAUGCGCUGAGGAAAUGUGGAGCAUCAGCCGACAGCGUGGCUCAUGUUGGAGACCAUUACGUCAAUGAUUACCUGGCCUCUCGGUCAGUGGGCAUCCAUGGCUUUCUGUUAGACAGAAACAACAUGCAGAAGGCCGCUCCUCUUCCUCCGGAGCACCGGCUGACCUCGUUGGAGGAGCUGCCGUCACGCCUUCAGCAACAUACUGACUAGUGGCAAAGAACUCAUGUAGCUUCUCAUCCUGCCAGCAUCUUCCUUUAUGCAACACCCGAUCUGGAAUAUUGUUUAUGUAUCUGUUUAGUUCCAUCAGCAGAACAUUUGCAUUCAUUUGUACUGUACAUAAACAGGAAACAGAGUUUAUCCAAAUAAAAUGGUUUUAAUCCACACGGU